GGUCUAACCAUCCUCCAUCCCCUCUGGUCGCACUACACUCCAACCUUACUGCACCUCCUCAUCUCCCCUCGACACAAGGAAGCCAAUUUCCCAGUGACUGGAGUGCAAUUUUGAAGGGGACCUCCGCCAGUAUCACCAAUUAUCACAAUGGGACUAACAAGCGAUCCAAACUACAAGAAACUGGAGCAAUGGUACAAAGCCAACGCCGGGAGCCUCAACAUGAGGGACAUGUUUGACAGCGACAAGGGCAGAUUCAGCAAAUUCAGCACAACCCUAGAGACAGACGAUGGAGACAUCCUGCUGGACUACUCCAAGAAUCUCAUCAACGAGGAAGUCAUGGCCAUGCUGCUCGCCAUGGCCAAGUCGAGGGGAGUGGAGGAGGCCAGAGAGAAGAUGUUCACAGGCGAGAAGAUCAACUUCACUGAGGGUCGCGCUGUACUCCACAUCGCCCUGCGUAACCGCAGCAACACACCCAUCCUUGUGAAUGACAACGACGUCAUGCCAGAUGUCAACCGUGUGUUGAACAAGAUGAAGGCUUUCUGUCAUAGAGUACGCAGCGGUGAGUGGAAGGGCUUCAGCGGAAAAGCCAUCACCGAUGUCGUCAACAUCGGCAUCGGGGGGUCUGACCUGGGUCCGCUGAUGGUAACAGAGGCCCUGAAACCGUAUUCGGCUGACGGACCCAACGUAUGGUUUGUAUCCAACAUUGAUGGCACCCACUUGGCCAAGACCUUGGCCCAGCUCAACGCAGAGACCACCCUCUUCAUCAUUGCCUCCAAAACGUUCACCACCCAGGAGACCAUCACCAACGCCGAGUCUGCUAAGGACUGGUUCCUCCAGACAGCCCAAGAUCAAGCUGCCGUCGCCAAGCAUUUUGUGGCGCUGUCCACCAACGCACCUAAAGUGGGGGACUUCGGCAUCGACACGGACAACAUGUUUGAGUUCUGGGAUUGGGUUGGAGGCCGUUACUCACUGUGGUCAGCCAUUGGUCUGUCCAUUGCACUGCACAUAGGUUUUGACAACUUUGAGCAGCUUCUUGCUGGGGCACAUUGGAUGGACAACCACUUCCGUAGCGCUCCUCUGGACCAGAAUGUGCCGGUCUUGCUGGCUCUUCUGGGCGUCUGGUACAUCAACUUCUUUCAAGCCGAGACCCACGCCAUGCUGCCCUACGACCAGUACAUGCAUCGCUUCGCUGCGUACUUCCAACAGGGUGACAUGGAGUCCAACGGAAAGUACAUCACUAAAGAUGGCACCCGUGUCAACUACCACACUGGACCAAUCGUCUGGGGCGAGCCCGGGACCAACGGACAGCACGCCUUCUACCAGCUCAUCCAUCAAGGCACCCGAAUGAUUCCCGCUGACUUCCUCAUUCCUGCCCAGACACAGCACCCAAUCAGGGACAGCCUUCACCACAAGAUCCUGGUGGCCAACUUCCUGGCCCAGACAGAAGCCCUGAUGAAGGGCAAAACUCCAGACGAGGCUCGCAAGGAGCUGGAGGCCAGCGGCCUGGCAGGACCGGCUCUGGAGAAACUGCUGCCUCAUAAAGUAUUCCAAGGGAAUAAGCCAAGCAACUCCAUUGUUUUCAAGAAGCUGACCCCAUUCAUGCUGGGAGCCCUGGUUGCCAUGUAUGAGCACAAGAUUUUUGUGCAGGGCGUCAUAUGGAACAUCAACAGCUACGAUCAGUGGGGGGUUGAACUGGGAAAGCAGCUGGCCAAGAAGAUCGAACCAGAGCUGAAGGGCGACUCCGAGGUCACCUCCCACGAUUCCUCCACCAACGGGCUCAUCGGCUUCCUGAAGAAGAACUUCGCCUGAAUCCUCUUUGUUCUCACAGCGUGACCCUCAAUCUGUGUUGGAAUCCCCACCGGCUGAACUAUCUCACUAUUUAGUCCUUUCUCAUUGGCUGAAUUAUUCCAUGGUUAAGUAUUCCUUGGGCACUGAAGCCCUCUGUCCCACUGGAGUGAGCACUUUAUGUUUGUCAUCACCAAUCUGUUUAAUUUGAGUGUAAACGUUAAUUGUGAGACUUGACUGUAUAUGUAGAUGUGUACAACCUGAAAAGGGAAUAAUCAGAUGCUUUUCUGAGAGGAUGAAGGAUAUAAUCCCUCACUAAAAUGUGCAGAUAUUACUGUAGGUGACAAUGUGCCCCACAUUUUAACAUAGUCAGCACUGACUUGCAAAAUAAAUACCCUAUUUGUCACUUUA